AUGGCGGAGUCUGUUACCAUUAGCCGUUAUUUUAAGGCUACCGAUCCUAGAUUAACAGAGGGUAUCACUUACGUUGCCAAUUCACAAGAAUUAUUUUGGAGUGAUAUUAUCCGGGGUGAGAUACAUCGAGUAACUGCAGAACGUGAGCCGGAAGAAGACUAUUGCAAAUAUAUUAUUUCCCCUUACACUUAUGAUAUAUGUGAGCAGUAUCCGUAUGACAAAGCAGAAGCCAUUGAGAGAGUUGGGUGUGUAUUCCCUGUUGAAUGCAAGCCGGGACAUCGUGUAACAACCGUCCUCUUUGGUGCAAGGUACGGCAUUGGCAAGCUAAACAUUGGAACGGGUACAUGGAAGUAUUUGUUUCUAUAUCGGGACAGCAAAGUGAACAAACGGUGGGAACGAAUGAGAUCCAAUGAUGGAAAUGUUUCACCCGAUGGCCGUGAAAUAUACAUAGGUGUUAUGAACGAUUUUUCUGUUGGGUUAGACCCAAGUCAGCCGCCUGAGGGCUGUUUUUUGAGAAUCAACCUAGUGGAAAGAAGCUGUAAAGUCGUGUUAGAUAACGUUUAUAUUCCGAAUGCGAUCAAUUGGAGUCCCGAUAAUCGCAAGAUUUAUCUGACUGAUUCGUUGAAGUUCGUUAUUUGGCAACUACCUUUUGAAAACGGUGAGCCAGCAUUAACAAAGAGUAUCUUUUAUAAUUCUAAGGCCAAUAACCAGAAAUUUGAGUCCCCGGAGCCCGACGGUAGCUUUGUGGACCCAGCCGAUGGAACACUAUAUACCGCUGUAUGGUCGACAGGUCUGAUACAAGCUGUAGAUCCCCAAGGCGACUUGGUAGCAGAGUAUUCUGUGCCUACUCCACGGGUCUCAAGUUGCUGUCUAGGUCCAAAAGGUGAUGUUUUCGUUUCCACGGCCCCCGCGGGAGACAUGAAAUCUGGCUCUCCAUCAGAUGAAUUAGGUGGAUCUUUAUAUAGGAUAUCUAUCCCUGCGUUACAAAGAAAACAGGUCGCUAGUUCCAAGCGUACUCCCAGCUGGUAA